GUACGUGACAUAAAGAGGCUGGCCGUCACAUCCUGGCUGUGUGUGUCAGCUGGAGAGAAAGAGGAGGACGGCCCGGCCACAGGUGACACUCAUCGCGACGUUCAGUUGAAAACUCAGCCGUGCAUCGUCAGCCAGCUCAGCAUGGCCAAGCCGCUCACAGACCAGGACAAGAGGAAGCAGAUCUCAGUCCGGGGACUGGCCGGGGUGGAAAAUGUUGCGGACCUGAAAACUAAUUUCAACCGGCAUCUCCAUUUCACCCUGGUGAAGGACAGGAAUGUGGCCACCAAGCGGGACUACUACUUCGCUCUGGCCAAUACAGUCCGGGACCAUCUGGUGGGCCGCUGGAUCCGGACGCAGCAGCAUUACUAUGAGAAAGACCCGAAACGUGUCUACUACCUCUCCCUGGAGUUUUACAUGGGUCGCACUCUGCAGAACACCAUGGUUAACCUGGCUUUAGAGAAUGCCUGCGAUGAAGCCACGUACCAGCUGGGCUUGGACAUGGAGGAACUGCAGGACAUCGAGGAAGAUGCCGGUCUAGGCAACGGCGGGCUGGGUCGUCUGGCUGCUUGUUUCUUGGACUCCAUGGCCUCUCUGGGUCUGGCUGCUUACGGAUAUGGCAUCCGUUACGAGUUUGGCAUCUUCAAUCAGAAAAUUGUCAACGGCUGGCAGGUAGAAGAGGCUGAUGACUGGCUGCGUUAUGGUAACCCCUGGGAGAAGGCUCGCCCUGAGUACAUGCGUCCAGUCCACUUCUACGGACGAGUGGAGCACACAGAUGAAGGAGUGAAAUGGGUCGACACACAGGUGGUUCUGGCUCUUCCCUAUGACACCCCAGUCCCCGGCUACAGAAACAACAUUGUCAACACCAUGAGACUGUGGUCUGCUAAGGCACCCUGUGAAUUUAACCUCAAAGACUUUAAUGUUGGUGGCUACAUCCAAGCUGUGCUGGAUAGAAACCUGGCUGAAAACAUCUCCAGGGUUCUCUACCCCAACGACAACUUCUUUGAAGGGAAGGAGCUGCGUCUGAAGCAGGAGUACUUUGUUGUAGCAGCCACUCUUCAAGACAUCAUCCGUCGAUUCAAAGCCUCCAAGUUUGGCUCCACAGAGUUUGUGCGGUUGGACCUUUCAACACUGCCAGACAAGGUGGCCAUCCAGCUGAAUGACACCCACCCUGCUAUGGCCAUCCCUGAGCUCAUGAGGAUCCUGGUGGACACUGAGAAGCUAACUUGGGAGGAGGCCUGGGACAUCGUGGUGCGUACCUGUGCCUACACCAACCACACUGUCCUGCCUGAAGCCCUGGAGCGCUGGCCCAUCGAUCUCUUCCAAAACCUGCUGCCUCGUCACCUGGAGAUCAUCUAUGAGAUCAACAGGAGGCACCUGGAGCGCAUCGCUAAGCUUUACCCUGGAGAUCAUGACCGCUUGCGCCGAAUGUCCCUGAUUGAAGAGGGCGAUGCCAAGAAAAUCAACAUGGCUCACCUGUGCAUUGUGGGGUCUCAUGCUGUCAACGGAGUGGCUCGCAUCCACUCUGAAAUCAUCAAAGACACAGUGUUCAAGGACUUCUAUGAGGUAGACCCUGAGAAGUUUCAGAACAAGACCAACGGCAUCACACCCAGGCGCUGGCUGGUCAUGUGCAACCCUGGCCUGGCUGAGGUCAUCGCAGAGAGGAUUGGUGAGGACUACAUGCGUGACCUGGACCAGCUGAAGAAGCUUCUGGACUUUGUGGAUGAUGAUGCCUUCAUUAGGGAUGUUGCCAAAGUCAAACAAGAAAACAAGAUGAAGUUUGCCGCCCAUCUUGAAGAGCACUACAAGGUAAAGAUCAACGUCAGCUCCAUGUUUGAUGUCCAUGUGAAGAGGAUCCACGAGUACAAGAGGCAGCUGCUCAACUGCCUGCACAUCAUCACGCUGUACAACCGCAUUAAGAAGGAGCCCAACAAGGCAUGGACCCCCAGGACAAUCAUGAUUGGAGGAAAGGCAGCUCCAGGUUACCACACUGCCAAGAUGAUCAUCAAGCUGAUCACAUCAAUUGGAGACAUUGUCAACAAUGACCCCGUGGUGGGAGAUCGCCUCAAGGUCAUCUUUCUUGAGAACUAUCGCGUCACUCUGGCUGAGAAAGUCAUCCCUGCAGCGGACCUGUCGGAGCAGAUCUCCACAGCAGGCACUGAGGCCUCUGGUACCGGGAACAUGAAGUUCAUGCUGAACGGGGCCCUCACCAUCGGCACCAUGGAUGGAGCCAACGUUGAGAUGGCAGAGGAGGCCGGAGAGGAGAACCUUUUCAUCUUCGGCAUGAGGGUGCCUGACGUGGAGGCUCUGGACAAGAAGGGCUAUGACGCUGUGCCAUACUACAACCGUAUCCCUGAGCUGAAGCAGGCAAUAGAUCAGAUAUCUGGAGGAUUCUUCAGCCCCAGCCAGCCCGAACUCUUCAAAGACCUCGUCAACAUGCUGAUGCACCACGACAGGUUCAAGGUGUUUGCAGACUAUGAAGCCUACAUCAAAUGUCAAGACAAAGUCAGCGCACUCUAUAAGAACCCUAAAGAGUGGACCAAGAUGGUGAUCCAUAACAUUGCCGGCUGUGGUAAAUUCUCCAGUGACCGCACCAUUGCCCAGUAUGCCAGGGAGAUCUGGGGGAUGGAGCCCAGUCUGGAGAAGAUUGCUGCUCCUGAUGAUCCCCGCUAAACCGCAUCUGCCUCCUGCACUUUAAUGUAGCUCACCAUGUGGUUCAGCCACAAAAGAUAAACCCCUGUAGCUUUUCACUGUGUACUGUGGCAUUAUUUCCUUAGAUGAUUGAUCCCUAUACAACCUCUGUCACUUCCAGUUCAUCUUGCAUUAACAAUUAUUGAAGUGGGCUUAUUCACAAUCUGUAUUUCUUUUCCCUCUGUGCACCAGCAAUGCAUUUUCUGUUCUCACUGUUGGGUGAAAACCUUGUAUCUAUGUCAGCCUUACAGGAGUUUAGGAACUGCUUGGAUUUUACCUCGAAGAGGAUGAUUUUUUGAUAUUAUUCAGUCAGAUAAUCAGAUGGAUUCCAUACAGUUUUCACACGAUAGUGACUUAAACUAUAUUUCUAACUACAUUCCCCUUCUCCUUCUGAGCCCUAAUGGCUCUGAGAACGCAGCAAAAAUGCCAGAAACCUCAGCACUGUUAUGGUACCAAACCAACCCAGGUCUUCCACGGAAGAGAGAAGGGACACAAAGAGGUUAAUGUGCACCACAGCCUCAUCAGCACUGUGAGCGGAUGGUGUUGGAAGGAAGCCAUGUCUCCAUAAUCACAGCAGAUUGCCACUUAAUAUUAAUAUUUCAUAUUAAAAGUGUCUGACUGCUGUCAAUGUUUGAUGGUGUUUGCUGAAUGUAUCUGUGUGUGUAUUAUCAUUAAUGGUCCGGGGAGCCCUGCAAUGCAGCUGUAUUGACCUGUCAGUUUACUGUGAUCUCCUCAGCAUGUUUGUGUCUGUCUCAUAUUGCUGUACUGUUCCUCGAAGUGAUCUGUGUUAGAAUAUAAGAAAGCCUUCUCUGCCUAAAACCUAAGUGACUAAAGAUGUGUGUAUUCUGUGGUGUAGUUGUGUGUUUAACAUUGAGUCCAUGACACUGUGGAUAUCAGCUUGAUGAAGUGUUGUAACACCAUACUGUCCUGCUUCAGCUACUGCAUAUGACUGUCUGACUGCUGUGGUGCUGCGGAAGGAACCGUAUACAACACUAACCCUAACAUUUUCACUGUCAAUCAGUGCUUUUCCUUUUUAUUCAAUAAAUGACAAAAAUACAUCAA